AUUGAAGUCGCUAAGGAAAAACCUGGCAACUCCAUAUUAGCGCCGUACCUUCAGGAAGACUCAAAGUUUGGGCGUCUUGGUGUGUCUAGCGAAGGAAAUGACGCGGGGAAGAGGCAAGGCUAAAGCCAUGUCUGGCGAUGGGAGUGCUGAUGUGUCUGUCCCGACGGACCUAACAGUGACCAGCCAUGCUGACAGCGAGGAGGACUAUGCUGCCACCAGGAGACAUGCUCGUGAACUUCAGAAUCUUGCGUCUGAGAAAGCUGAGCUACAGAGACUUGUGGAAAAGUUGAAACUUGAGGGUAAAAACAAGGAUGCCCAGUUGGCAGCACUGAGUCAGCAACUGCAGACCAGUGUGGCCAAGGCUGUGGCCCAGAAAGAUGACCAGCUCUCCACCAAACAGAUCCAAGUGACCAGCCUGGAGAUGGAGCUGAGGCGCACCAAGGAGGAACUCGGCUCCCUGCGAGAGAGAGCUGCACGGGAGCUGGCACAGCUCACUCAGAAGUGCUCACAGUUUCAACAGAAUCAGAAAAGACUGAUGAUAAGGCAGGAUGAGCUACGCAAGUCACUAACAAACCUUCAGCUGAAUGAGGAGGACUUUGCCAGGCUGCGCCAGAUUUCCCCCGAGGAGCUCUCACUGCAACAGUACACAGCUCUGCGUGUGUAUGAGCUGGUGUGGCCACUGAGGCUGCAGCUGAAGGAACUGGAGGCUGUGAAGUCCUCCCUACAAAGUGCCCUCAAUUCCAAGGACAGCGACCUCAGGAUCAGAAGAGAGGAGUCUAUGAAGCUGCACAGGACUGUUGAAGAUCUUCAGAGAAAGUGUGAACUGUAUGCAAGUCAGUUAGUUAGUUUGAAAGAUGACCAAAGGAACGAUGACUUCAGGGUGCGAAACUACUCUCGUGUUAAGUCCGAGAGAGAUCAGUUGCAGGGAGAAAAGAUCAUUCUGACCAAAACCAACAGUGAACUUGAGCUGAUAAAUGCAACACUAAAGAAGGAACAUAGUAUUCUUCAAGAAAACUUUGCUGAGUUGAAGGGAAAACAAAGAAAACAAGAAUAUGAUUUGAAUCACUACCAAGAACAGGCUGCUGAUUUGAAGAUGAAAUUAGACAAAGUCUCAGGGGAGCUGAGUUCAGUCACUAAGCAGCUCACUCUGGAGAGAGAAAGGUGUGGGGACCUGCACGAGAAGUAUCUCUCAGCAAGGGGAGAUGUAACACAGCUGACGGAGGACUCUCGUGACCAACAGCAUGAAAUUAAGCUUUUGAGGGAGAGACUCCAGGCAUGUAAGGUACAGUGCUCUGGGCUGCAGGAGAAGGUCAGAUUCCUCUCCCAGCAAAAUGAAGACUUGAAUGCUGAGCUGGAGAGGUCAAGGCUCAAGCUUACAGUUGAUACUAAGACACUGAACUCUCAGGUUCAGGACUUGCGAGCCAGCCUGUCAGCCGCAACAAAGAACCGAGACACACUCCUUGACGAGAACUCAAGGCUCCACCAGAGGAUUCAAGAGCUUGAUGCAUUAUGUCAAGAGGAGAAGAUGCAGAGAAAAGAGGAAACUGCAGCCUUGAGCAAAGAGGUUCAGAGAGUAAGGAAGAUUCUUUCGACCUUUGGAGGUCUGUCUGAAGAGUAUGAAAAUAUUAUCAAGGCAGCUGCAGCAUUGCCAGAGGAGGAGACAAGCAAGGUGCUAGAGAAGAUACUCCCUGGAUCAAAACUGCAAGGUGACCGGGCAGUAGAGCAGUGCAUCCAGCUAACCAGACGGGUGUUGCAACUGGAGGGGGAAGGUCUGGAAGCAUACAACACCAUCCAACAGCUCACAGAGGCCUUAGAGCAUCUGAAGAGUACAGUAGCAUCCUACAAAGCAGCUCUGAGCUUGGCAGGACAACCUUCCUCAAGCCUCUUGGAGCGAAUUGCAUCACAGGAAGACCAAAUCACCUCCACGCAAGCUGCCCUGCAUCACAACACGGCUCUCAAGGCCAAGCUGGUGGAUGAGAACAAAGCCUUAUCCCGUCAGGUGGUUCGGCUCAAGGAAGAGCUGGAGCAUACAGGGAUAGAGGCUGGUGAGCUGAGUGCAAUAAAGAAGCAGUUAGAGUCUCUUCUACAGGGAGCAUCAUCCUACACAGGCUUGACAGGGAGAGUGAUGCCCAGAAGAGAUGAGACUGUUGGGACUGGGGAGACACGGCCAUCGCAGACCUUGCCAUCAGCUAUCAUUAUCACCAAGAGAAGUAGGUAGUGCCAGUCUUAGUAAUGUGUGGCCUUGUGGAGGGGAUUCACAGUAUGUUGGUAUAGAACCUUUAUUGUGUGAGUGGAUUGGUGCAGUUUGUCUUGUCAUUUUGUAUGGUAAUGAUGUUCUCAGGGCUCUUAAGUAGUAAUUUGUGUGGUGUAAAGGUAUUCAUGGAGUAGGUAGUGCACAAGUUGCUGUUUUGAGUCACUUGUAGUUCAUUCAAAUGGUGUUGAAUCAAACUGUGAUCCUGCUGGCAUUACCACUGCUAUGAAGGGGACUUUUAUAUCAUCAUCAUCAUCAUUUCAUCUACGCCUGCUCCUAGGAGCUCCCACCAGGGGAUGGCCACGGCAGAAGAGUUUACAACUUUUUCUAUCGAGACACUCCCUCCUUGCCUGCUCAAAGUUUCUCAAAGAUCUUUCCCCCUCCUCCCUAACGUACUCUUGCACCCUAUCCCUCCAUUUCACUGGAGGUCGUCCUCUAGCAUUCCCUCCCUCUAUCUCGCUCACAUACACCCUUCUGGUCUGGACUUUUAUAUUAAUAUUAUAUGUUAUUUUUAACCACAAGAGAUGAUAUAGCACUAGUGUGAAGAGUAGAGUUUUUACAGUAGUAUUUAAUGUUAGUUUUAACCACUAGAUAUGAAGUGUUGAAAGAUGGCUGUUGUGUAUUUUUUAGGACAGAGAAAUAUCAAGAAAUUCAAUCUUCCAUGUGCCUUGAAGUUGUCUCCUUCAUUGACAGACCGUUGUGAAGUGCCUGGGAGCCAAACUUCAACUAUCUGAUGAAUGAGUUUGAUUAGCACCAAAGUUUUUCAUAAUUGUUGGAAAGGGGACAACACAAAGUGAAAGCUUCAGAGUUUAGUCUCGGAAAGUUAUUUGGAAGAAGUUGUACUUUCUAUUUUUCUACUGUGAGUCAGUUUUAUCACCAGCCUUGGAUGGCAGGAUUUGAAUGGCUUUUUCUAAUCAAACAAUAAAAUUCGCAGAACACG